AUGUAUCCUUAUGUUUUUGCAACCGUAGUAGUUAGUGUUGUGGUAGUUGGCUUUGUAGCUUAUACAGUUUGUAAUGAAAUUUUAAAUGAGCCAAUUCCAGAACAAGAAGAACAACUUUUAGAAAAGUUAUCAUAUCUUAAUGUUUUGGAACAAGAAUUACAUUCUAGAGCAAAAGAAAUAGAAAACGAAGAACGGAUUUUGAGGGAGAGAGAACAAGAACUUGAAAAUAGGAAGCAACACUUACAAUCCAUCAGUUCAAAAUCCAGUUCUGAUUCUGAUCUAACAAAUACACCACACACAACUAACACACAAACCAACACCUCUGCUACUAAUACUGUUUUAGACAAUAACAGCAGUGAUGAAAUUUCAUUAAAAGAUGUUGUUGAACAACAUUCUUUGAACAAUGAAAAUAACAUUUAUCCUGACACAGCUGCACAAGCAAUUCUCUCACAAGAUUUAUCAAUUAUUAAAGAUGCAUGGUCUGAAAUUGAAUCUAUUAAUUCAGAGGAUAUUGGAAGUGAAAUGUCAUCUGCAGUUGACAUUGAUAUAGAAGAAGUAGAUGUCAUAGAGCAUUGA